GUGCAAUGAAAAGGUAGAAGGGGAAUAACGGGUAUUUCGAGAGUACGGCGUAGUUUGUUCAGAUGGUGGAAGGUGUGUUCUGAAUGUAUUGGUAGAUAAGCUCUGAUAUAAAUAGCGGGGGACUUUUUGUCUACGUCCACUGGUAUCAGAAAAUUUUCACAAAAAUAAUUGAUAUCACAUGCUUCAUGGAUUCGUCGGUACCUAAGUCGGCGGAAGUACCCGCGAUCGCGUCCCAAAGCGCCAUUGACGGCGCCGCCAAGAAACCGUCCAAAAGUUCUACCAAGCGCCGCAAGGGGCGCUCGUCAACGCACGCGGGGGACGACGCCAUGCGGCGAUCGCUGGACCUGGUGAACGCGGCAGGUUGCGGGCAGAUCGCGCCGGUGGUGAAGCUGCUCGCCGCAGGCUUCCCGCUGGAGACGCGGGACCCGUCGGGCAGCACCGCCCUGGCGCUGGCGGCCGCCAACGGCCACGCGCGGGUCGUCGCCGAGCUGCUGGACCGACAGGCGUGCGUCUCCGCCGCGGACACGGCCGGCCGGAGGCCGCUGCAUCGGGCCGCGGCCGCGGGCCACGAGCAGGUGACGAGGCAGCUGCUGGCGCGCGGGGCCGAGCUGGAAGCGCGGGACCUAGGCGGGCGGACGGCGCUGCUGCUGGCCGCCCGAGCCGGGCGGGCGGACGCGGUGGCCUUGUUGCUGGAGAAAGGAGCCGACCUGCACGCGCGGGACCAGGAGGGCCAGACGGCGCUUCAUCUGGCGGCUGCUGAAGGGCACGCGGAUGUCGUGUCUGCGCUCGUGGAGGGGGGAGCGGCGGUUGAGGACAGGGACAAGCAAGGGCUCACUCCGUUAUGUAGAGCGAUUGAUGGUAACAACGAACCCGUUGUUGGUUUGCUUUUGGGAAAAGGCGCGUCUGUCAAUGUUUCUUAUGAGAGUAUUGGAACGCCUCUUCAUGUGGCUGCCAACGACACACGUAUUCCAAUAUUGAAUCUUCUUCUUGAACGAGAACUUGACUUAGAUGUUGUAGACGCUGAUGGUCGAACGGCACUGCUUUAUGCUGCAGAAAUGGGUCAAUGGGAGGCUGUUCAGAAGCUACUUCAUAAAGGGGCAUCUCUUGACCUGCUAAAUGGCAAAGGACAGACAACACUUGAUUUAGCCAUUGCAGCAAAUGUCCCCGAUGUUAUUGGAUUGCUGAUUCAGAUGGGUGCUUCUAUUGAAAUUCGCAAUGGAUUUGGGAGAACGGUUUUUGCGGAGGCAGCGCGUUUGGAGCUUGAAGAAAUUGUGUCCUUCCUUUUGGACGUGAACGCAGAUUUGUCAUCUGUUGAUGUUAACAAUCAGACAGCUCUUCAUUUGGCGUGUGCCAAGGGGAAUGCCAAUAUUGUGCGACAGCUUGUCAACAGGGGUGCCGAUUUGAAUAUUUCUGACAUCUGGGAAAGAACCCCCUUGUUGUUGUCUGCGAUUAACGGUCAUUGGGACGUAGUUUCUUUGCUCUUGGAAGAGGGAGCCUCCCCGAACAUCGGUGAUACCGAGGAAAAUGUAAUUCAUUUGGCUGUGAAGGCGAACAAAUUAGAGAUAGUCAGGAAAUUACUCGAGAAAGAAACUUCUCUACAAGCUACCAAUGAAGAUGGACUUUCUCCUUUGCUAAUCGCUGCGCAAGGUGGCAGGGAACAGAUAGUUUCCCUUCUUCUGGAAAACGGAGCGUCAAUUAAUGACACUGACUGUGAAGGUCAAACUGCUCUUCAUUUUGCUGCUGCAGAAGGCCACAAGGAAAUUGUUCUUCAGCUUCUACGUGAGGGAGCCGCUGGAAGUGAGACUGACUUCCAAGGCAGAACUCCUCUCGAGAGAGCGAGAACAGGUGGGCACGAUCUAAUAGUACAUAUUUUGCAAAAGGAGGUAAAUCGUGACAGGUCUGCUGCAGGUAAGAAUACUCGAAAACCCAAGGGCUCUCAGCUUCUCCAAGCAGCUGCCUUAGGAGAUACCACAGAGGUGAAACGUCUUCUGGAAAGUGGAGUUGUAAUAGACUCCAGGAGUGGAUUAUCACCGCUUCAUAUGGCAGUAAAGAAUGAUCAUGUCGUUACGACUUUGUUGCUACUUAAACACGGAGCGGAUGCGCUGGCAAAAGAUACAUACGAAAGAACUCCACUUCACGUCGCAAGUGCAGAGGGAAAUGCGGAAUGUGUUUCUCUGUUACUGAAACAUUUAAAGAAGGAUGACAUCAAUUGUCGUGACGUAAAUAAGUGGACCGCUCUUCAUACUUGUGCCAAAAAUGGUAAGGUGGACUGUAUGAGGAUUCUACUGGAAGGUGAAGCAGAUGUUGACAUCCUUGAUAGUUGGAACAGAAGUGCCCUUCACGUGGCCGCCAAGUAUGGUCAUGCAGAAUGCCUUGCACUUCUGUUAACCCACGGAUCUAACGUUACUGGGAAAGACGUUCAUAUGAAUACAGCCCUUCAUAUUGCAUCGUACAGUGGGCAUCUAGAAUGUGUGUUAGUUUUGUCGAAAGUGGAUGACCUAAAAAUCGAUCUUCGAGAUAAGAAGGAGCGUUCUGCACUUCAUAAAGCUGCUGAACGGGGUCACGCGAAGUGUGUUGAAGCUUUAUUGGAAGCAGGAGCAAAGUUGACAGUUUUGGAUAAAUUUCGCAACACUCCCUUGCAUCUUGCUGCCGAAGGAAGUUAUAUUGAUGUAAUAAAAGUACUGCUUUGCAAAAAUGCGAGUCGUAAGGCUAAGAAUUUGUCCGGUGAAACACCCCAAGAUUUGGCAAAAGCAGCGGAAGCUCGAGUUUUGCUCGAACCUUGA